CAGUUUCCGUUAGGGCUCAACAUGCUGGUGUCUGGCGUUCGUUUGAGUUGCAGAAGCUAUUCAAAUGGAUGUUUUACUGAUUUUCUAAAUGCCCUGCGACUAUUAUAGAAUGAUAUAAAGUCUCAGUAACAGUUUCCUUCCGGCACACAAAAGAAAGAUGUCUGCUUUCAGCGCUGAGUUGAUAGACUACCUGGAGGGGAGGAUAACGUUUGAGGAGUUUGACAAGAGGAGAGAUGAGCGGAAACCUAAGGAUUCAGCUGAAGAUGCAGAAGAUGAUGCUCAGCCCUCUACUUCAGCACAGAUACCGGGGAACAGAGAAGAGGGAGUCAGUGCAGGGGUCCAGCUGGCCUUUGCCUCCAUGCUGGGUGAAACACCACAACCGCCAUCUUCAGACGAGGAGGAGGGUGAAGAAGAAGAAGAAGAAGAAGAAGAGGAGGACAGCUUGAGCUACGUUGAUGAUGAAAACGAUGAGGACUAUAAAGUACGGGAGCAAGAAGGGGAAAAGACUGUAGUGGCAGAGCUGGAGGACAUGGCAGAGAAGAAGCAGAGGCAACGGGGGAAAGGAGGGAGGGGACGCAGGAAAAGGAAACAGGAGGAGGAAGAGGAGGAUCAGGAUGUGACGGUCGGGGAUGUGUUCGCACUGGAGAUGGAGCUGAACCGAGAAAACAAGAAGAUGAUGAAGGAGCGUCGUCAUCGCAGCAAGCUGCCUCGAGCUCUUCGAGGCCUGAUGGGAGAAGCCAACAUCCGCUACGCCAGAGGAGACAAAGAAGAUGCCAUCUUGAUGUGUAUGGAGAUCAUUAGACAAGCUCCUCUGGCCUUUGAGCCUUUCUCAACGUUGGCGAUGAUCUACGAGGACAAUGAAGACGUGGAGAAAGCGCUGCAGUUUGGUCUGAUCGCCGCUCACCUGAACCCUUCAGAUUGUGAGGAGUGGAUCCGAUUGGCUGAGAUGUCUUUAGAGCAGGACAACAUCCGACAGGCUAUCGUUUGCUACUCGAAGGCUAUCAAGUAUGACCCCACCAAUGUACGCUACCUGUGGGAGCGCUCCAGCCUCCACAUGCGUCUGGGCGAGCACAGACAGUGCAUGGACGGCUACAGAAGGAUCCUGUCUCUGCUGCCCAUGGAGGACGGGGAACACUUCAUGCAGCUCUCCAAAGACAUGGCCAAGAGCUACUACGAGAGCAACGACCUGACUGCAGCUCUGGGCGUUAUCGAGGACGCUCUGUCUCGACACCCCGACCUGGUCAGCGAUGAUUUCAUCAACAUGGCGGCAGAGCUCUACAUCGCCAACCGUCAAUAUAACAAAGCCUUAGAGGUCUUGGUCAAGUUUGCUGGUGUAGUUUUAGUCAGGGAAGAAUCCAAACCAGAAGCUUCUAAAGCAACACAGGAAGAGGAAGUGGCAAAGAAAUCGACAGAGGAGCACAAGAAGAAGGAUGAGGAAGGCACAGAGUCAAAACCUGCUGAAGAAGCAGCAGCAGAGGACAGUGAAAUUAAGGACGUGGAGGUACCAGACAGUGUGCCGGUGGAUUUACGGGCCAAACUGAUGGUCUGUCUCAUUCACCUGCAUGUCCUAACCCCUGUGGAGGGCCUGGUGUCAUCUCUGAUGGAGCAGAGCCCAGAGGAGAUCGGGGACCUGUACCUGGAUGUGGGUGAAGCCUACCUGGAGGAGGGCGAGUACAUGGCGGCUCUGCCUCUGCUUUCUGCUCUCGUCAUAUCUGAGAAGUACAACCUGGCUGUGGUCUGGCUCCGACACGCAGAGUGUCUGAAGGCGCUGGGCCACAUGGAGGCGGCAGCAGAGAGCUACACUAAAGUUGUGGAGAUGGCCCCGCAGCACCUUGAGGCCCGACUCUCUCUGGCCACCCUGCAGCAGCAGCUGGGACGACCAGAGUGCGCCCUCAAGGCUCUGGAGUCCAUGUACGACAGCGACACGCUGGCCCAGGACUCAUCAGCUGCACAGAAGGAAUUAAAGCUGCUGCUGCAUCGUUCUACGCUGCUGAAGACUCAGGGACAAACAGAGGGCUACCUGGAUGCUAUGAUCAGCAUGAUCUCCAUGCUGCUGAAGGUGGCGAUGCAGCGAGCUAAGGUGUGCGUGCGCUCUGUCAUCGUGUCAGGCGAGAGUCACCUGAGGCUGGUGAAGGUGAACAACGUAGUGCCAGAGUUUGACGACCAUGAAGCUGCUUAUUUAGACAACACAGGUAAAACCAACGUCCUCUCCAAAGAGGACUGGUGGCAGCUGCUGAUGAGCUGCGUGCUGACGCUGUGUGAGGUGAAACGCUACGAAGAGGCCGAGCUGCUGGUGGAGUCAGCCAUGGAGUUCUUCUCUUUCUACGACAACAAGCCCAAGAGGAAGGAGUUAGAGUUCUUCGGACUGUCCGCAACCAUCCUGGACCGUAACUACUACAAAGCCUACAACUACAUCAGAUUGAUGCUGAUGGAAAAUGUGGAUCUGCCUCAGCUGUGGAAUAUUUUUAACCAGCUGACGAUAACCUCCCAGCACCAGCGCCACCACCGCUUCUGUCUGCGUCUGCUGCUAAAACACCCCGACAACCACGCCCUGUGUGUGCUCUGUGGACACAACGCCAUGGUGUCAGGGAGCUUCAAACAUGCUCUGGGUCAGUACAUCCAGGCCUUUAAGACUCACCCCAACGACCCGCUCUCCAGCCUGUGCGUUGGCCUCACCUUCUUCCACAUGGCGUGUCAGAAGUACGUGGCCAAACGACACACGCUGGUGCUGCAGGGUUUCUCCUUCCUGUGGCGGUACGUGGAGCUGCGUGGAGAGUGUCAGGAGAGCAUGUACAACCUGGGCAGAGCGCUGCAUCAGAUAGGCCUCACACAUCUGGCCAUACACUAUUAUCAGAAGGCUCUGACAAUACCUGCACAGAAACUGGAAGGCAUCCCGGACGAUCAGGUGGACCUGAGCAGGGAGAUCGCCUUCAACCUCUCCCUUAUCUACCAGUCCAGUGGGAACAUGGAGAUGGCCCGGCAGUUAAUCAAGACACACUGCAUUAUUUAAAAGGAUUAUGGUGGUGGGAUUACUUGCCAAACCCCGCCGCCCUGUCUCCCAUCCCAACCGUCUGCUCCCACUGGGGUCACUGCACUCCAUCUAGGCCAGCAGCAGGGGUAGACCAGGUCUUUGUGGACUACAUCUACAGGUCAAUGUCUAGUUUUGAAUAAUCAGUUAUUUUAGAUGGAUUUUGAUUUUACUGCAGCAGUGUGCAAAAAAAUACCUGGGGAAAACACUGCCAGGUCAUAAUUCAAAUAUAAUUUUUAUUUCAUAUAAACAGUUUGGUUAUGUCACAUUGGGAUGAAAAGCAGAACCCUGCUCCUUACUUGCUGUAUGCACCGUUUACUUUGAAAAUUCAAGUGGAAUGAGUUAAGCCCCCCUUUUAUCCUAAGAUGACCUCCUUCAGCAGCAUCACUGUCCACAAAUAAAAUUAAAACAACACUUUUUUAAAAAAGCCCAAGUCAACAUACACCUAUGUUUUAUUCAUUCAUCUACCAGAGUUGUUUUAUGUAAGGUUUUCACUUGUUUAUCAUGUUGCCACUUGUUUCCCCCAGAAGCUUUUCUCUGUUGUGCCGUUGUAAUGAUGCUAUCCACGCCUUUGUAGCUCUUACAGAAGGUUUUCUAGCAAGCCUGGAGCGUGGGUGAUGUUCCAGAGUCUUCAAAGAUUUAAUCCACACCAGUAACUCUGAUAUUGAACAUCUUUUUAUCCAUUUUAUCAUCCAUUUUUUGAUCGUCACUAACACCAACCUUUAGUAUUUGCAGACGAAUGUGACGUCAUUCCCAGUUCCGACUUCCGACCUCCGAGGUAAAUGGAACGCAGCAUAAUCCUCCACCUCAAAAGGUUGCUCUGGGGCAGUUGUGCUGCGGGUCAGCAUGUCAAUGUCCAUUUUUCUUUGUAAAUCUCUUUUUUAAAACAAUCAAAAUUGGUUAAAAAUGGCAGAAACAUGCUGAAAAAGUGGUGCAAACUGAUUAAAAAGUGGCAUAAUGGGUCUAACGUGGCAUAACCGGGCUCUACAAACAGCCAAAUGUGGUUAAACUUGGCAAAAAUUGAAUAAAGAGUGGUGCAAAUUGAGUAAAAAAUACGCUAAAAUGAGUUAACAGAGGCAACUUUAGCUAGAAUGUGUCAGAAAAAGAAGUGGAAAGGGUUAAAAAGUCGUGAAAAUGGGUGAAAAAGGAUUAAAAUGUUGCAAACAUU